AUGGGCGCUAGCCCGUGCCGCGCGGGGCUGGCGGCGGCGGCGGCGCCGGAGCGGCCGCGGCGGCGGUGCGGCGCUCUCGGGCAGGAGCCGCGGCCCGCAGUGGCAGGCGGCGCAGCAGUGGCGGUGGGCCUGUCGCCAGAACCGCAGUCUGCCGCCGCGGCGGGCCCCGACGGGCGCGGGGAGCUCUCCGACGUGGCGCUGCGGUUCGUGCUCAGCUGCCUGGCGGAGGGGGGCAGCCUGGGGGCGGCCGCGGCGGUGAGCGCGGCCUGGGCGGAGGCGUCCUGCCACCCCCAGCUGUGGAGGAGCGCGUGCGCCCGCGGCGCCUCCCCCGUGGCCGGCCGCCGCGGCCCCGGCGUGUGGGGCGAGCUCGCCGCGGCCGCGCGGGGGUCGCUGGUCGCGGGCUGGCCCGUGGAGGUUGCCCCCGAGCAGACCACGAGGCUUCUCGCGGCCCUGGCCCGCGGCAUCGGCGGGCGCGGCCCGGACUGGACGGCGCUCGCCGCGCUGCAGCCCCCGCUGCACCAGAGGUCCGCCGCUCUGACGGGCCUCGGGCUGGUGGCGGCCACCUCGCCGCCGCUGCUUCCCGCGCGCUCGCUCCGGGGGGCGUUGGCGGCGGCGGCCUCCGUGUGGCAGUUCGGCUCCGCGCGCUGCUGCGGGGAGGGCGGCGCGAAGAAGCGCACGACUCGGCGCCUGGUGACGCCGUUCCUGCGGUGCCCGCGGCUCUUUCCGUCCGCUGGCGGAUUCUCGCUGUGGCUGGAGGAGCAGGAGCUCGCCGACGGCGAGGUGCACCUGUCCUUGCGCCUCUCCUCGCCUCCCAGGCGCCCGCUGGGCCUGCGGGUUCUGCUCGUGCUGGAGUGCGGCGUGCUGGACGCGCAGCUCGAGCUCCGGGCGAACGGAGCCUCGCGAGUGCGGCUGCUCGCCGCAGAAUCGGGCGCGCCCCCUGCGAGCAGCGCGAAGGCGGCUGCGCUCGGCAGCCCCGCCGCCGCCGCCGAGCCGCCGUCGCCGCUGGAGUGCCUCGGCGCCGCGCUCGGCCGUGUCUGCGACGCAGGCAAGGCCCUGCGGGCGGAGGCGCGCUCGGCGAAGGCCGAGGCCUCGAGGAGCACCAUCGGUGCAGUGGUGGCCCUCUCGCGCCCGUCCGGCGACCUUGAGGGCCGUCCUGGGGGAAGCGGCUGGAUACCGUGGUCGCCGGCGCGGCCGACCUUGGUCUUCAUGACUGGCUGA